AGUUUUUCUGAGAGACCGGAGUUCUGCGUUCAUGUGAUCCCUAACGCCUAACGACCUGACUGCAGAGCCGCGUUCAGUUCACAGUUUGCCAAUUUACAAAGGAGGCGACUAGGUUUCUGGAGCGGCAAUGGUAGGCAACGUGGAAGAGGAAGUAGUUCCGCAGGUAGGGUCUCAAGGUCGCCAUCUCAAGAAGAGGGCUUUAAAGAACAAAGCUUUGGCCGUAGGUUUCAACGAGAAAGACCUCAAGGAUUACGUGACUGGGUUUCACAAGCGGAAGAAGAAGAGGAGGAAGGAAGCUCAAAGAAAACAAGAGGAGGCGGAACGGUGGAAACGCAUCGAACUGCGCAAAAAGAGAAGGUUGGAAAAAGAACUUGCUCUGUAUGGUGGGGUUCUGCCAACCACUGACCCGGAGCCUGAUGAUGAAGUUGAUGGGAAUGAAGAAGAUAAGGAGCAAGUUGAAUCUCUUUCUGGGAGAAGGACAUAUGAAAAUGAUGAUGUGAAAGUCACUGUGAUAACCAGUGAGAUUGGCCAUGAAGAAGAAACCUAUCCUCGUGAAAGGAUUGUGUCUCACCCUGUUGUAGCUGAUAAGAAGCACAAUGUACCAAUAAAACAUAAGAAACCAUUUAAAAAAGUUGCCAAGCGCAAGUCACGGCCAAAUCCAAAGAGAGGUAAAAAUAAGGGGAAAAAACAGAACAAGAAACGGUAACGGCUGAUUUUGCCUCUUCGGAAGAAUUAGAGUCCAGGAACUUAGCUGCUGAAAUCUUCUGCUUGGGUAUUGACAUUGUGAAGUCGGAGCUUGUUUCAUAGUGAUGGCAGGAAUUCCUUGUUUUUAGGUGUUACCAGUUAAAAUGAAUUGAAGGUUCAAUGCAGAAAUUUUGAUAUAUACACCACAAGCACGUCUGUUUGCAGGAUUCAUAUUUCCUUUGACAAUGACUUGUACUCUUACCAUUUUUUAUACUCAAUUCUCAUUCUCAUUUAUGCUUA